UCUUCAUCCUCAAUGUUCUAGCAUAGCAGCUGAAUCUCAUAGAUCCGCCAUGACGGCGACAGAGACCGAGGAACCGCCCGUCACGAGGGUUUAUGUCUCAGGACUGCCGCCUUCCAUGACCAGUGAACAACUGCGUUUACAUUUUCAAGGAGAGUAUCCGGUCACAGACGCUCAUGUUAUAGCAGACCGCAGAAUAGGUUUUGUCGGAUUCUCUUCUCAUGAGGAUGCGAAGAAUGCUGUACGAUACUUCAAUAAAUCCUUCAUUCGGAUGUCAAAGAUCUCUGUCACUUUAGCCAGACCUAUUGAAGUCAAACGCGACGGUCGAGGACAAGCCGCCCCAGUAUCACAACGCUCCUUGCGGCAGCGGCCAGAAAACGGAGAGAGCCAAGACGACACAUCUAGGAAGAGAAAGCGUGAGACAGAUGACAGUGGCCGUGAGAAUGUCGAUUUCCAACGGAGCAACGGUGUUCAGAAGCCUCGCACGCAGGGAGAGUCAAAGGAGGAUGGCGAUUCUCCACAGAGGGUAGAGAAGGACCAAAAGACAGGCGAAGCAUCAGUCGAGGCCACGGAAGAAACAACGGCUGAAGUUGUAACCCAGUCUGACACGGAUUGGCUUCGUGGCAAGACAAGCAGAGUCCUGGAUCUAAUUGAAGAUGAUAGUGCUGCAAGACAACGGCCCGCUAGGGAAGCAGUCAGAAUAAGCCCCGUCGCUGAUGUUUCUGCAAAGGCCCCAGAAGGGGAGGGUGCGACAGAUGUUGAACGUCAGGAACUCUCAGAACAAACUGCACGAGUCUCGGUACCAAAUGCUCGGUUGUUUGUCAGAAAUCUGCCCUUUGACACAAGAGAAGAAGACUUGAGGGCUGCAUUUUCUUCGUAUGGACGAAUAUCUGAGAUUCAUCUAGUGACGGAUACCAGAAAGUCAAUCGGAAAGGGUCUCGGUUACGUUCAAUAUGUCGAGCCGCAAGAUGCUGAGACAGCACUUUUCGAGCUUGAUGGCAAAGAUUUUCGGGGUCGGCUGAUGCAUGUCCUACCUGCAUCGGACAAGAAAACCCAGAACUUGAGUGAAUUCGAGCUUUCCAAGCUGCCGCUUAAGAAGCAAAAAGCCAUCAAGCGAAAAACCGAAGCGUCCAAGGCCACAUUCAGCUGGAACUCACUUUACAUGAAUCCUGACGCCGUCCUUGCUUCGGUAGCUGGCCGCCUCGGAGUGUCAAAAGCAGACUUGCUCGAUCCUGCUUCGGCUGAUGCGGCUGUCAAGCAAGCGCAUGCAGAAACCAGUGUGAUCAAAGAGACCAAAGAUUAUCUGAGAUCCCAUGGCGUGAAUAUUGACGCCUUCAAAACACAGUCCCGCGACGACAGAACAAUCCUGUUAAAGAACUUUUCUUUCGGCACCACUGCGGAAGAACUGUCUGAGAUGCUGAGGCAGUAUGGUACGGUUGAGCGAUUGGUUUUUCCAACUACGGGAACAAUGGCUGUUGCCCAAUACUCGGAGCCCAACUCCGCAACACUGGCCUUGAAACAACUAGCAUACCGAAAUCUGAGAGGCUCUGUGCUCUACCUUGAAAAGGCACCUCGAGGACUAUGGGAAGGUGGCAAGGAUGUCGCAAACUCGGAUAACCCCGUCUUUGUUGAGGACACAAACGGUGAUGCGCCCGGCACCACGGCGACAGUGUUCGUCCGGAAUCUGAAUUUUGCCACCACGACGGCCCGAUUAGUUGAAGCAUUCGCACCCCUCCCUGGUUUCCUCUCUGCAAGAGUCAAGACAAGGACUGAUACCAAACGACCGGGUGAAGUUCUGAGUAUGGGCUUCGGGUUUGUCGAGUUCCGUUCGAAGGCUCAAGCUGAAGCUGCCGCUUCCACUAUGAAUGGUCGCCGUCUUGACGGACACGAACUUCUCGCACAGUUGUCACAAAAGUCCACAGACUUGGCCGAAGAGCGGCGCAAGGAAGAUAUUGCCAAGAAGGUCCAUGCCAACAAGACGAAGAUCAUCGUCAAGAAUUUGCCAUUCGAAGCUACGAAGAAGGACGUACGCGCUCUUUUUGGAGCUUAUGGUCAGCUUCGCACCAUUCGUAUGCCGAAAAAGUUCGAUAGCACUGCCCGUGGGUUUGCAUUUGCGGAAUUUGUCACCGCCAAAGAAGCCGAGAACGCAAUCGAGGCACUCUCCAACACUCAUUUACUCGGCCGCAGGCUCGUUCUCGAUUUUGCCGAAGGCGAGAUCGUUGAUCCUGAGGCUGAGAUCAGAGCCAUGGAGAAGAAGGUCCAGGGCCAUCAGAUUUCAUUAACUCAUCAUAAAAUGACAGGAUCAGCCCGGAAGAAAUUCAAUGUCGAUGCUCGAGACGAUGUUGAACCUCUUUGAAGCAUCGAAGGUGGUGAGGCCCACUUCGCCCCUUGCAGCACCAGCCUCUCCGGACAUCUAUGGACUAACACCCUCCUCAAACCCUUGGUAUUGUCGAUCAAUAUAGCAAUGUCGCUCGUGAUCAGGUUGUCUAGUAUUAUUUUCUUGUGCCGGCUGACUUGCCCGAGUCCAGGGCGGCAGUAUUCGUACUGUCUCGUUUGAGAGUCGUUGUCGGAGCUACCUGGUUCGUUAACAGAUUAUCAGACUUGGAAAGGAAAGCUGCCCUGUGCACGAGCGAUCUAUCUGGUCCAAGUGCCGGACAUGUCCAGUUCACGAAUUCUCCUGGGGUGCUGCUCACUGGCCGAAGCCAUUUGCAUCGAGACUCGAUCGGGCUUGAAGUCGACCUUACCACAUCCCUUGCAUUGCCCUUUUCGCGGCAUUCUGCGUCUGUGCGGCAAGGAUGGCACAGAGACCUUUACGCUGCGAAAUUGCUUGUCUUGCUUGAUCGUCAUUUCUUGGACAGCAACGAAAACAGAGCUUCUGAAUGUGUACUCCUGUCCAACCAAAGUCCGGAAGGGUUGUAGCUGGAGUAAAUCGCGAGGUCUACGAAGAGAUUGCAUCGCUCGUGCAGUGCCUUGUCUAGAAUGACCAUUAUAACACCAUGAUAUACUGGUCACCUCCCAGCAUUCCCUGUCUUUUUCUCAUUCCUGAGUCUUUUUGUUUGCAGACUGUUGCAUUUUUUCCUUCCAGAGCAAGAGCAUAGCCCAC